UUUUUCUACCACUCAUAAUGUAGCCAAUUGAUGGUUGCAAAUUCAAGCAUGAAGACUUUUCACCAUUACAUAAAUAUUUCUUGUAAUCCUUGAGCUAGAAAUACCAGUAAGGUAUAAUACAAGAAAGUGGUUUAAUAAAUCUCUAAUUAGUAAUGCAAAGUGCUAGAAAUUGUAGCCUAGAAGUUAAACAAAACAAAACAUGGGCUGAAAUUUACCAUUUCCUUCAUUCUCUAACUGUCAAUAAUAUUUUACAUGUGAUUGAAUUGUUGACGACCCCAAAUUUUUAGGACUAAAGCUUGGUUGUUGUUGUUAUUGUGUGUUGGUAAUAUUUUAGAAUUUAAGUUGAAUCAUCGUUUUCAUAACGUUAGCAAAGAUGGCAGAUCUGUGACAUUCAACCACAAUUUGGGGUCUGAAAAGUUGAAAUAAUUUAGUGUUCUGGAUUUUAUCAGGUUACUGUCACGAUUUCUUUUUCCUGUAUCUUGAAUAGUCAAAACCUGAUGGAUGAACAAGAAGCUGAAAACAGCAUCUUUUCGGGAUUAAAUUUCCUGGAAUAGAGCCUUUUGGUAGGUCAGACAGUUAGAUAGGCUUCAAUUUUCAUCAGCAUAAACCAUAGCCCUCCAAAUUUAUUGCUACAGCAUAUAAUAGUAAGUACCGAGUAUGACAGAUCAACUGAACUUGAUCUUGAAAACCUUUUACUCGUAAGACAGUGGCACGAGGCUGGACUGAUUAAUGUCUAUAUUCCAUUCUGCACCGAACUGGAAUUAGUGUUUGCCGGGCAAUAAUUUUGUGCAAUUUUACUAUUGAUGAGUCCAAACACAAGUACGGACAGGUCCUACAGUACGGUUGGUUCAUUGAGUAUGACAUGCCUUCUAGCUUUACAUGGAACAUAGCAAGCAUGGGCUGCUAUCUAAUUAAUCCAGAGGGACCCAUAUGGCUCCCAUCAUAUCUCUACAAGUCAGUAAAUUGGCCAAAUUGUUUUCAAUGCCAGACCAUAACCACACCACAAAUUUCAAGUCAACUUUUUACCAUUGCAAAUCGCCAUAUCUAACCAUAUUGUCUAGAGCACUGCUGCUCCAGUGACGCCAGUCUCACUCAUUUUGUAAUAAUUGAGUCAUAAUUUUUCCCUAUCUGGGCCAUCCAAAUCAAUCAUAUAAUGAAGAUGGAUCACACAGUCCUUAAGUUAAGGUAACUACGGUAUAGGAACAUGGGAAUGGAAGUUUAUGGUAGGAGAAGCUCCUGCAAGGUUUCUAAAUUAUUAGCACUAACAACAAUGCCAAUAUCUGAUGUUUCUAGCGAUCUUACUGUCGAAGUGGGAGCCUCAAGCUUCGCACUUCAUAAGUUCCCCCUAGUUUCUCGGAGUGGAAGAAUACGAAAAUUGUUGUUGGAAGCAAAAGAAUCAAAAGUUACACGCAUAAAUGUCCUUGCUGUUCCUGGUGGACCAGAGGCAUUUGAGCUAGCUGCAAAGUUUUGUUAUGGAGUAAAUGUUGAGAUUACACUCUCAAAUGUGGCUAUGCUACGUUGUACAGCUCAUUUCCUGGAAAUGACUGAGGAGUUUUCAGACAAAAACCUGGAAAGUCGAACUGAGGCAUAUCUAAAGGAGAUGGUGCUCCCAAAUAUAUCAAGCUCAAUAACUGUUCUUCACCGAUGUGAAAGCCUAUUGCCUAUAGCAGAAGAGGUCAACCUAGUUAGCAGGCUUAUCAAUGCAAUUGCAAGUAAUGCAUGCAAAGAGCAGCUUACCUCUGGAUUAUUAAAGCUUGACCAUAACUUCCCUGCAAAAACUAUACCAAACAUGGAACCAGAAACUCCGGCAGACUGGUGGGGAAAAUCACUCGCAAUGCUUAAUCUUGAUUUCUUCCAACGGGUUCUGACUGCAGUAAAAUCCAAGGGUCUAAAACAGGAUAUGAUUUGCAAAAUUUUGAUAAACUAUGCCCAUAAUUCUCUUCAAGGACUUGUUGCCAAGGACCCCCACCUGGUCAAAGGAAGUCUCUUGGAUUUGGAAUUGCAGAAGAAGCAAAGAGUCAUUGUUGAAGCAAUAAUUAGCUUACUACCAACACAAUCAAGGAAGAGUCAAGUUCCAAUGGCAUUUCUUUCAAGUUUGUUGAAAACAGCAAUAGCAGCAUCAGCAUCUACUUCCUGCAGAUCGGAUUUGGAGAGGCGAAUUGGUCUGCAACUGGACCAGGCAAUUCUUGAAGACAUCCUAAUUCCUGCAAAUUCACAUGGAAAUAACCACAGCACACUUUAUGAUGCAGAUUCAAUUGUGAGGAUAUUCUCUAUUUUUCUGAACUUGGAUGAGGAUGACGAUGAAGAUAAUAAUCACUUGAGGGAUGAAAGUGAAAUGGUAUAUGAUUUUGACAGCCCUGGAUCUCCUAAACAGAGUUCAAUUCUCAAGGUAUCAAAGUUAUUGGACAAUUAUCUUGCUGAAGUUGCACUAGACUCAAACUUGACACCGACAAAGUUCAUAGCACUGGCAGAACUGCUUCCAGAUCAUGCACGUGUAGUUAGUGAUGGAUUGUACAGAGCUGUGGAUAUCUUCCUAAAAGUUCAUCCAAAUAUGAAGGACCCUGAACGCUACAGACUUUGUAAAACAAUUGACUGCCAGAAACUAUCCCAAGAAGCUUGCAGUCAUGCAGCACAAAAUGAAAGGUUACCAGUGCAAAUGGCGGUCCAAGUCCUUUACUUUGAGCAAAUCAGGCUUCGGAAUGCUAUGAAUGGGGGUCAUAACCAAUUCUUCUUUGGCACAAUCAAUGGUCAAUUCCCACAACGUUCAGGCAGUGGUGCCGGAAGUGGAGCCAUCUCACCAAGAGACAAUUAUGCAUCAGUGAGAAGAGAGAACCGAGAGUUGAAGCUUGAAGUUGCAAGAAUGAGAAUGAGGCUAACGGACUUAGAGAAGGAUCAUGUGUCUAUGAAACAGGAGCUUGUAAAAACCCAUCCUGCCAACAAGCUAUUUAAAUCAUUCACCAAAAAAUUAAGCAAGCUCAAUUCCUUGUUUCGGAUUAAUAGCAUUAAGCCUAUAGGAGGUAAGGCUAACUCAGAGAGUCGAUUUCCAUUUCAGAAGAGAAGGCGUCACUCAGUUUCCUGACUAUGUAGAGUGUAAAAUAAGCAGGAGUGUAUAGUAUAUCUAGUGUGGUUGUGUCUACUGUCAGAUUGAUAGUUUUUGAGUGUUGAUUCUGAGUUGCUGAGUUCAGUGAGAUCACUCCAUUGGCUUCUCCAUGGAGCUUUGAAGGCAGGCACUCAAUCAAUAUUGUAUUCAAAAGGUAUGUCCGAGCGUGUGAGAAUUUUUAGAAUAUUGAAAUAGAAUCUUGAAGAAAAUCUUUUGUAACAUCAAAUUUUUUCAAGGUAUUAGUUUCACUAGCAACUCUUGGUAUCA